AUGAAAGAAAAUUUAUUUACAAUAUCGGAAGCCAAAGCAGAUGAAAUCGACGGUCAGCAACUCGUGAACGGUCUUCAGGGUCUCUCAAUCCAAGGCCAGUGCGAAAUGAAGAGAGCUUGUACCGAUGCACCAGAGGAGAUUAACCAUGUUGUGUCUGACACUAACAAUACUGACAACACUAAUCAUCAUGGUUUUUGUGCAAUAUGUUUGAAUAAGAUAGUUCUUGAAGAAACUGCCCUCAUUAAAGGUUGCGAGCAUGCCUACUGUGUCACAUGCAUCCUGCGAUGGGCCUCUUACAAAAUGGAACCUACAUGUCCUCAGUGUAAAAAUCCGUUCAAGUUUCUGAAUAUCCACCGCUCACUAGAUGGAAGCAUUCAUGAUUACAUGUUUGAGGAGAGUGUCUGCCUCCUCCUAAGAGCCUCAUGGUUCAAGCCUUUGAUUGUGGUGGAACAGGAAGAGGCAUAUGAAGAAAUUGAAAUUUAUCAUUACGAGGACGAGGACGAGGACGAUAUUUACUUGGGUAGUUCCUCAAGUCUCCGUAUUGGUAAUCGAAGAUGGGGAGACAACGGGUAUGUUAGGGCAGGAAGGCAAGAGGCACGACCAAUUCCCCGACCAAACUUUCAGGAUUCCGGUGCUGGCCCAUCUCGUCAGCGGAAGAAGAAAGAAGCUGUUGAUUCUACUGCUGCUGCUAAAGAAAAUGUUGGUCGGCGUGCAAAACGGGCCUUGAAACGUGAAGCUGCUGACAAAGCAGCUGCUGCAAAGCACCAGCAACAUUUGAUGCAGUGUCCGAUAAUGUACUAUUGGUAUAGAAAGAUGAAAGAUAUGCCCGGAUCAGACAUGGGUGGGUUCACCAGAGUUCUGCAUUUGGGCAAGCCUAAUGAUUUAAUGGAGGAAAUCCCUACAGUUGUUGUCGAUCCUCUCCCAUAG